CGGCUUCACCCGGGCUGGGGUGGGUAAGGUGGGUGGAGCUGGGUGGCUGUCCCCGGCUCAAGCCUAGGAAACCCUGAUGGUUGCGGUGUUUCUUGUAACGCUCUAUGAAUAUUCGCCGCUUUUUUACAUCGCGGUGGUCUUUACCUGUUUCGUUGUGACCACCGGCCUGGUAUUGGGAUGGUUUGGUUGGGAUGUUCCAGUAAUUCUGAGAAAUUCAGAAGAGACCCAGUUCAACACAACAGUUUUCAAAAAGCAAAUGAGACAAGUCAAGAAUCCUUUUGGCUUAGAGAUCACAAAUCCAUCUUCAGCUUCAAUCACAACUGGCAUAACUUUGACAACAGAUUGCCUUGAAGAUAGCCUUCUUACAUGCUACUGGGGGUGUAGUGUUCAAAAAUUAUAUGAAGCUCUGCAGAAGCACUUUUAUUGCUUUCGAAUAAGCACUCCCCAAGCAAUGGAAGAUGCUCUAUAUAGUGAAUAUCUCUAUCAAGAACAAUACUUUAUUAAAAAGGACAGCAAAGAAGAGAUAUAUUGCCAGUUACCAAGAGAUAAUACAAUUGAAGAUUUUGGUAUAGUACCCAGAUCACGCUAUCCAUUAGUAGCACUGUUGACCUUAGCUGAUGAGGAUGAUCGAGAAAUUUAUGAUAUUAUUUCCAUGGUGUCAGUAAUUCAUAUCCCUGAUAAGACUUAUAAACUUUCCUGCAAAAUAUUAUACCAAUAUUUACUCCUGGCUCAAGGUCAAUUUCAUGAUCUUAAGCAACUUUUCAUGUCUGCAAAUAAUAACUCCACUCCUGCCAGCAAUUCUUCUCCAGAAGAACAAGGCACAGACCAAAGUUUGUUAGAAAAGGCUGGAUUGUCUGAAGUGGAGACACCAGAGGAGACUAGCAAGGACUGUGUUGUUUGUCAGAAUGGGACUGUGAACUGGGUGCUCUUACCCUGUAGACACACAUGCUUAUGUGAUGGCUGUGUUAGGUAUUUUCAGCAGUGCCCAAUGUGCAGGCAAUUUGUUCAGGAAUCUUUUGCACUUUCCAAUCAGAAGGAACAAGAUAAAGAUAAAUUGAGAGUUCUUUGAUGGUGUUGUUACAACUGAAAAGUACACUGUCCACUGAAGAUGCAGAAAUUUGUAUUGUUGGAAUUAAUCAUAUGGAAUCUACACUGUUGGCUGUCAGUGGUAAUUCUAUUUUAAAUUCAUAUUUGUACAGUAUAUGAAUAAUGAAAAUUAAUUAUUCCUAAUACUAGUAUGCCAUCUGUGUUAAUAUAUAAAACUUCAUUUAACUCUUGAAAAGAAUGUAACCUUUUAAAAAAUGUUUUAUUUAUUUAUUAUCAGGUAGAGACAGAGAAAUUGAGAGUGAAGGGGGAGACAGAAAGGAAGAGAGACACCUGUAGCCCUACUUGACUUGUGUAAGCUUUUCUCUUGCAGAUAGAGACCAAGGGCUUGAACCUUGGUCCUUGAACCUUGGGUCCUUAAAGCGUACACUCAACCAGGUAUGCCACCACCUGGCCCCUAAACUUUUUUAACCAAGUAGAGGGUUUAAUAUAAUAUUGAUCAGAAAAAUUCUGAAAAGCAAUAUAAAAUUUAAGGAAGUAAAUGUCAAAAGAUUUGUGAAUAUUUUUCCUGUGACAUAAUCUUGAAUGCAAUUGGGAAAAGGCUGCAUUCUCUUAAAGUAAUUAUAUGUUCCCCCUUUUAUAAGGAAGUUAGAAUGGUCUUCUAAUUUUCAGUCCUUUCCUGAAGUAGUUUAAAAAGCAGUUUUUAUCUCAUUUGAUUUUUAAUUUUCCUUACAAUCAUAUUCACAUAAGUACAAAUCAGUUUUAAAGGUAGCUUCUUAAAAUCAUAAAAACAAGGCAGAGAUACGAUUCUCGACUGUUCUUAAAUAUAUCAAAGACUGAAAUGCUCUCACCUACAGGAGGCUAAUAUAUACAAGGUGAGUAAUAAAAUCUACUGGACAUUUAAAUCUACUGUCAAAUACGAUUAGAUUAGUAGAAUGUGAUGAGCCAGGGAAGGUUGGUGAGACUCUUAACACCUUACCAUAGGCUUUCUCUUGCAGAGCAAAUCAUCCAAAAUUAAGGGGGGAAACCCCCCAAAAUCACUAAAAGAAACAAAUAGCUGUUUUUCCUAGUGUAUUUUUAUUGAUAAUAAACCUCAUAUUUAUAUUAA